AUGCAGCAGCAGCAGCAGCGCAGCAGAAAGAACAGCAGCAAUGGCAGCAGCAGCAAUAAAAGCAACGACAACAGCGGCGACAGCAGCAGCAACAGCAUCAGCAACAACAGCACCGAAAAAAGGAGCAGCACACCACCAUCAACAGCAGCAGCAGCAACAGAUGCAGCAACAAAAGCUGCAGCAACAACAGCUUCAGCAGCACUAGCAGCACCACCAAGCGCAGCGCCACCAACCGCAGCCGCACCAACCGCAGCAGCACCAGUACAAGCCGCAGCAGCACCAAAAGCAGCAGCAGCAGCAGCAGCAGCAGCAGCAGCAGCAGCAGCAAGAGACCUUCUGUGGGGACGUAGGGGGUGA